AUGGUCGUGGGUCGAUUGUUGCACUACGCAGGCGACGCCUUACUCGUCUCCACAGUGCUCGCAGGCAUCAAGCGACAGACGGGUCUUCAACCUGACAUCAACCGCAUCACCGAGCCUACUACAAGGGGUCUGUUGGAAAAGUACCUCGGCUUUGGAGAGUUUGUGUUUGACAGCAGCGUCGCCGCUGCCCGCGCUUCGUCGCUCUUCCAAAAGGGCUUCCCAGACAAGUUGCACGGUGCACCUCACGCCUGA